GUUAGAAUGUCAUAAAAGUGAUCACGAAAAAGUGUUGUAUGGGUUCCAAUUUUGCAAAAGUUCCAAUUUUUUAGUAUUUUCGCAUGUUAUUUCAAUUAAACUUUAACUAAAUAAUCUGCAAAACUAUGCCGAAAGAGCAGUUCCGCGAGGCGGAUGUCAUAAAAAAGAUCUCCCACGUUUCUUUCGGAAUCGACAGCGCCGAGCUAAUCCAGCAGGAAGCCCAUCUCCAUGUCGUCGCGAAGAAUUUGUACAAUCAAGAUACCAACCGGACACCGGUCUCGUAUGGUGUGCUGGAUCGACGUAUGGGGGUCAGCCAGAAGGAUGCGACGUGCGAUACGUGUAAAAAGGGGCUGAACGACUGCGUGGGCCAUUUUGGUUAUAUCGAUCUGGCUUUGCCGGUGUUUCAUGUUGGUCACUUCCGGGCAACAAUUACGAUUCUGCAGUCGAUUUGUAAGGUUUGCUCUCGUGUGAUGUUGAAGGAGGACGAGAAAAAGCAGUUCAGUGCCCGUCUCAUGAAUCCGAAUCUCUCCUACUUGGCGAAGAAGUCGAUCCACAGUCAGGUGUUGAAAAAGGCAAAGAAAAACACAAAAUGUCCAUAUUGCGGCAAUCUUAAUGGACCGGUUAAAAAAGGGGCCGGGUUGCUGAAGAUUGUUCAUGAGCCGUUUCGGGGGAAAAAGGCAACGGAUCCAUUGGUGACAAACGCCCUGGACAUGAUGAUGACAGCGAUUGAAGGCAACCGUGAGUUGUCGCAGACGAUUGGGCCGUCUUCGCUGAUGAAGGAACUGAAUCCCGUUGAGGUGUUGGACUUGUUUCAAAAUAUUCCCAAAAGCGAUAUCCCUCUUCUGGGAAUGACUUCGCCGGAAUCGAAUCCGGCUGAUCUGAUUGUUACCCGUGUGUUUGUGCCUCCAGUAUGCAUCCGUCCGUCGGUGGUAUCCGAAGUGAAGGCGGGCACUACGGAGGACGAUUUAACGAUGAAGCAAAGUGAGAUUCUGUUGAUCAGUGAUGUCAUUACAAAGCAUAUGAUGUCAGGCGGAAAGAUUGAACUUAUUCAGGAGGACUGGGACUACUUGCAACUGCACUGUGCAUUGUACUUCAACAGUGAGCUAUCUGGAAUUCCGUUGUCAUUGAUGCCGAAGAAGCCAACGCGUGGAAUAGUACAGCGUUUGAAAGGCAAACAAGGUCGCUUUCGAGGAAAUUUGUCCGGUAAGCGUGUGGAUUUUUCCGCUCGAACCGUCAUUUCUCCAGAUCCAAAUUUGAUGAUCCAUCAAGUUGGAGUUCCCGAUAGGGUGGCAAAAAUUCUCACCUUUCCAGAGCGCGUCAACACAGCUAACAUUAAUAAAAUGCGCCAGUUGAUCAAGAACGGCACAGAAAAGCAUCCGGGUGCCAACUACGUGCAGCAAAAGGGUAGUGCAUUCAAGAAGUAUCUAGCCUAUGGCAAUCGAGACAAAGUGGCUCAGGAUCUCAAGUGCGGUGACAUCGUUGAACGCCAUCUGAUGGACGGCGACGUGGUGCUGUUCAACCGACAACCCAGUUUGCACAAACUUAGUAUCAUGUGCCACGUGGCCAAGGUACAGCCCCAGCGAACGUUCCGCUUCAAUGAGUGCGCGUGUACGCCGUACAAUGCCGAUUUCGAUGGCGACGAAAUGAAUCUUCAUCUACCGCAGACAGAAGAGGCGCGUGCUGAAGCUCUUGUUCUGAUGGGUAACAAAUCAAAUCUUGUGACUCCGCGUAACGGAGAGUUGCUAAUUGCUGCCACGCAGGAUUUUAUCACCGGCGGUUAUCUUCUUACGCAAAAAGACCAGUUUCUUACUCGAGAGCAAGUCAUGCAGUUGGCAGCAUGCAUGCUAUCCGGCCCAGAUUCCAACAUGGAGAUCGAUCUACCCAAGCCAGCUAUCAUCAAGCCACGUAAAAUGUGGACCGGAAAGCAGAUAUUCAGUUUGAUUUUGAAGCCCAACAAGGACUGUGUGGUGAACGCCAAUUUGUCUACAAAGGGUCGCAACUACACGGCCGGAAAGGACAUGUGCGUGAAGGAUUCCUGGGUCGUGAUUCGCAACUCGGAGCUGAUGUGCGGUGCCAUGGACAAGGGAACGAUGGGUUCCGGUACGAAAAAUUGUAUUUUCUACGUCAUCUUGAGAGACUUUGGUGAAGAGUACGCUAUCCGAUCUAUGUGGCGUCUGGCUCGAAUGGCUUCAUACUUCAUGAUGAACCACGGUUUUUCGUUUGGAAUAGGCGAUGUUACUCCCAGUCGUAAACUGCUGGAGGAGAAGCAGAAAUUAUUGGAAAAUGGCUAUCGCAGGUGCGACGAGUACAUAUCUGAAAUGAAGCAAGGGACUCUGCAGUGUCAACCGGGUUGCACAGCCGAACAAACGCUGGAAGCAGUAAUGCUAAAAGAACUCUCCAGCAUUCGAGAACUGGCUGCUAAAGCAUGCUUCCGUGAGCUUCAUCCGACAAAUAGCGCCUUGAUUAUGGCCCAGUCUGGCUCGAAGGGUUCGAACAUUAAUAUCUCACAGAUGAUUGCUUGCGUCGGUCAGCAGGCUAUCAACGGCAAACGUGUUCCUAACGGUUUUGAGGACCGUGCACUACCGCAUUUUGAAAAAUUCUCGAAAAUUCCGGCUGCACGUGGUUUCGUGCAGAAUAGCUUCUACUCGGGUCUCACGCCCACCGAGUUUUUCUUCCACACCAUGGCCGGUCGCGAAGGUCUAGUAGACACGGCCGUUAAAACUGCUGAAACCGGUUAUCUGCAGCGACGAUUGGUCAAAUGUCUGGAAGAUCUGGUCGUUCAAUAUGACGGGACCGUACGGAACGCCAUCGGUGAGGUCGUCGAAUUUACUUACGGGGCCGACGGAUUGGAUCCCGUGUACAUGGAAAUCAAAAACAAACCUGUGGACAUCGAUCGACAGUUUAUGCACGUCCGCAGUGCAUAUCCCUGUCGAGACGAAGCUCCAUUAAACGGAAACGAAAUUAUUCCGAUUGCCGAAAAAAUUCUUAAGAAAUCGGAAUUUGAUGGCUGUCGGGCAGAUUUUCGAAGGGAGUGUCUCGAUUUUCUCUCUAAAUUUGGCCAGAGGCUUGGCCUUAUUCAAAAGCGUUACAACCACUGCUCGAAGGUGGCAUUCGAAGUCGAACGUACCACCCGAGGCCAAGUGGAGAUCUUCCUCACACAGGUACGCAACAAAUACAGCAAGGCAGUUACCGAGCCGGGUACGGCCGUUGGGGCGCUGGCCGCCCAGAGUAUCGGUGAACCGGGUACGCAGAUGACGCUGAAAACAUUCCACUUUGCCGGUGUCGCCUCGAUGAACAUCACCCAGGGUGUGCCGCGUAUUGUUGAAAUUAUCAACGCCACCAAAGCGAUAUCUACGCCCAUUAUCACGGCGGAAAUCGAAGACAACACCAGCAUGGAGUUUGCCCGGAAAGUGAAGGCCAGAAUCGAGAAGACCACACUCGGGGAGAUUUCGUCCUACAUCGAGGAGGCGUAUAAGUCGGACGACUGUUUCUUGCUGAUCAAGCUGGAUUUGGAGCGGAUCCGAGUGCUUGGAUUGGAGGUUAACGCGGAGACGAUCAGAUAUUCGAUCUGCACAUCCAAACUGAAACUCAAACAGGAGAACGUCGAAGUGUACGGUCCAUCGCUUAUCAUCAUACGGCCGGAUCCCUCGAAGCACGGUCACGCCCUUAAUGCCGAGUUGCAGCGGCUGCUGACAGCCAUUCCCAACGUAGUUGUGGCCGGUCUUCCCCAGGUGUCUCGUGCCGUCAUAGCCGUAGAUGAUUCCCGGGGCCCACCAACGUACAAGCUGUGCGUCGAGGGGUACGGUUUACGCGAUGUUAUGGCAACCUACGGGGUGGUGGGUGCCCGGACUAAGAGUAACAACAUUUUGGAAGUGUACACCACCCUUGGUAUCGAGGCGGCCCGGACAACGAUCAUGAACGAAAUUACCGACGUUAUGGAGGGGCACGGUAUGAGUGUGGACCAUCGCCACAUUAUGCUGCUGGCCAGUCAGAUGACUUCAAGGGGUGAGGUGCUGGGCAUCACUCGUCACGGAUUGGCGAAGAUGCGCGAAUCGGUGUUUAAUUUGGCUUCGUUCGAGAAAACGGCGGAUCACCUGUUCGAUGCGGCUUAUUACGGUCAAACAGAUUCGAUUGACGGAGUUUCGGAAAGAAUCAUUCUCGGUAUGCCGGCCGCUAUUGGAACGGGACUUUUUAAACUAAUACACAACCAUACCGACACGAAGUUGGAUGAAAUGGCAGAACCUAUUUUCAACGUUACGUGACAUUGGCCCCCGUUAUUUUAGUUUUGAGAGUUAGAAUAUAUUUAUUUUAAUCAUACUCGUACAAUGUAAAAUUGAACACGCGUUACAAAAAUUCUAUAUUGGAAAUAUAAUGUUUAGAUGAGA